GGCUCGGCGGCUCGUCGCUGCUUGAGGCAGUAGUGUUCGGCAGGAUCGCGGGCAAGAGCUCUACGGCGUAAAAAGAUAAGCAACAUGAUAAAAUGUGUAUUUGUAAGCUCAAUCCGAGAAUGAAGUCUCGCAAGGUGUGCAUGUCAGGUGCAUAGUGUGGCAUGGGGGUGUACAUGACGGUGGGUACAUAUAAGAAGGCAGCGGCACCGUGGCACGAAGCCAGUUGGUGCACAACGUACUUCGCGACGGGAGCAGAGUUGGACGCUUAGAUGCAUGACUUCGAAGGUGCGGUCGUACGUGCCAGCAGUGCUAGGCGGUUGCAUAGUCGCAUGACCGCUCAAGUCAGCCUUCGAUUAAGCCUUGAGGGCAUGGAUUCGUGGCAAGUGCUCGAGGAUGCUGACAAGACCUCCUUCGACGCCAGAUACUGCUACCCUUCCGCCCUACUCGUGAGUAGGACGUCGCCUCUUGCCAACGGCCCACACCCUCCUCAAGCGCCCAGCAGCACCGCCCCGGACGAUCGUGCUUCAACCCCGCCGGCGCUUACGCAGACAUUCCCCCUCGCCCUCACACACCCGUUCAAGGUAUGAUUUAUCGUGGCGGCGUCCGCUGGCCGGUAUCCUGUCACUCCCACGGCUACGCACCCCUCCGCCCACGGGCCCACACAGCCAACGCAUUCACGGAGAGCUGAGGGGCGCGGGGGCGUCGUCGAGGCACGCACCCGGUUACAUGGGCCGUCAUGGCGC